UUUGAUAACCCACGCCACAAGUCCAGUGAGCAGUAAGACCUUUGGCUCACCAGACCGAGGCAGAGCUCUUCUGGGCUGAGUACCCGGCGCUCAACAACUGCCCAGAGCUCGCUCUGGCUCAGUGCUUCGGGGUGGAAGUAUGGAGAUGCCUCAGGAGGAGAUGAGCCAAGCUAUGCAGAUACAGAUCCUGGGGGGAGGCAGCGAGUCCAGUAGUGGAGGGUACACGGGAUAUAUCUUUCCCUGGCCCGACAUUAGGAACGACAGCGACUUUGAGAGCUGGGAAGCCGAGGGCGGGGAGGGGGACGGCGACCCAGAAGCCGCCGAAUCGGACGAGUCCCCCGAGGGUGCCCAGGCUGGGGAGGCCAGUCGCCCCUCGCCGGGACGCCGCUCCCGCACCCGGCCCCGGUCCCGGCCCCGUCGCUCCCGCUCUAACCUCCCCACCUGUUCUCGCUCUCGAUCCCGGGAGCGCUAUGACCGCCGUGACGGCGGGGGCGGCCCCCCUGCAGCUGCUGCCAGCGCCGUCUUGGGCUGCUCCAGCAGCGAGCGCCAGCUCAGCCCGGGUCCCGGGACCAGCCAGAGCUCGACUCCGAGCCCAGUGCGGAGCCUGAGUCCGGCGCCCACGCCAAGCCCGUACCUGAGCCCGAGCUUCAGUCCGCCCCGGAGCCCGGCGCGGAGUUCCAGCUACCACUUCGGCGUGAGUCCGGGCGUGAGUCCGAGAGCUCCGCCAGCGCCGGGCUACGGAGGGCAGGGCUACGAGUUCGGUCCUGGCUACGGCACCUACCCGGGCUCGAGCUUGGGCUUCCUGCCGCCUGGCGGGUGGCUCUCUACCCUCCAGGGCCACUACUACUCCUACCCGAUCAGUGCUCCUCCGGCUCCCCAAGGCGGCUAUUACUACCCCGAACCUUGGAACCAGCAUCCCUGGGCCCGGACCUACGAAAGACCCAUGGAGGAGAAUCUUUGGCAGAAGAGAGCGAUGGAGAGGCAGAAGAUCGGAGAAUUCGGGGCGCCUGAAGUGUGGGGGUUCUCUCCCAAAACUCCGGAGCCAGACUCUGAUGCGAACACCCCAGAGGAAGAAGAGACAAAUGCUAAGAAAAUCCCUGUUCCUUCAGGAGAAGAAAGCAAGAAGAGAAAGAAGAAGAGAAGCCACUCCAAGGAUAGAGUCAAGAAAAAGAGGAAGAAGUCCAAAAGCAGCCACAAGAAGAGUUUAGACGGCGAUGGCCUUGACGGCCCCAGCAGCUGCAAUGAUGAUUUGAAGGAGAAGCGCAAAUCAAAGAAGUCCAAGAAGAGCAAGAAGAAGAAGAAGGAAAAGAAGAAGAAGCAUCACGAGAAGAAGUCAAAGAAGUGCAAGCAUGAGAAGACUCAUGAGAAAGAAGCGGAGAAAUCAAGCAACAAAGACUCUGACAAACUUCUAGAAAAUCCUCAGCUGAACAAACCAGCAGAGAACGGACAAAAAGAGAAAUCAGGUGGACUCGAAGCUCCGAAAAUAUAUUCCGUUCAAGAAGAUAAGCCUAUGAACUUCGGUCACGCUCUAUUGCCUGGUGAAGGAGCUGCCAUGGCUGAAUUUGUGAAGGCUGGAAAGCGGAUCCCUCGGAGAGGAGAAAUUGGCCUGACCAGUGACCAGAUUUCAGGUUUUGAAUGUUCAGGCUAUGUCAUGAGUGGGAGCAGGCACUGUCGAAUGGAAGCCGUGCGACUUCGCAAAGAAAACCAGAUCUACAGUGCUAAUGAGAAACGAGCCCUGACUUCAUUCAACCAGGAAGAGAGGCAGAAGAGAGAAAGCAAGAUUCUGGCCAGCUUCAGAGAUAUCAUCUAUAGAAAGGCAAAGGGGAAGAAUGGGAUUUAAGCAUUUUUCAUAGUUACAUAGCAGAAAUUUAAAUGACAAAUAUCUUUGUAUUACUUUUUCUAUUUUCUUAUGCACAUGAUUUGCAUUUGCAAAUGUGCCUUUCCUGGAGCUAGAGCCUUUGCACAAAUAUGCUGCUGAUUUGAUUUAGGUUUUUUGGGCCCCAGUCCUUUAGUUUCUUUGGGCCUCGGAUUCUCAGAUAUAAAGAGAUCUCAUAAAGAUUCCAGCUUUAAGUUCUGUUAAACUUGUUGUUUUUGUUUUAAAGCAGCUUUGAGUUCUUUUAAUUUUUAAAAGCAUAGGCUGUCUAGCGUACUAGUGUAAUGAACUUAUUUUUGCUCAAGUUGUUCCUAGAAAAUAGAGAUAGCAUCUAAAGAGAUAGUCUGCAACUGUGAGCCAUAGUAUAAUAGGGGAAGACAAAAUAAAUACGGUAGGAUCUUUAGACUACAAAUACUGAAAUCUUCCCCCUUUUUGUGAAGAUUGGAGCAUUAAAGAAAAAAAUUAUUAUUUGGGAAUGUUUGUAACGUAGCUGUAGUUUUAUGAGAAAAAAACAACUUGGAAACUUAAGAAUAAUCUGGUCUUUGAAUAGACUACAGAGAAGAGAGAUUCAAUAGACUGCUUUCAAAAAAAAGUACAUAAUGCCAUUUGAGGUCAGAAAGAAACAGAAAAUACUGGCUAUUUUCAUGUAUUACCACCACUCACUGUACUCUUCCUCCCUAGUUUUGCUUUCUUAUUGUACCAACGGGAGCUAGGGCAUUCAGUGAACAUAGCACCUCUACUUGCUAAUGUAUUGAGUUUGGCAUAUUUUGUUUCAAUAAAGUAAGUUUCAUGUUA